AUGACACUGACUUUGCAGUUGCUCUUGCUACCUGAGGGACGGCUUAGUGCUUUCCGCACUGGUAUCAAAAAGCUCGCUCAUCAAAUCGUUGUGUCUCGAUUCGCACUUCGGAGAGGUUGUUCCAAUGAGGUCGAAGAGCUCCUGAAAAGUCACAAGUAUAUUUUUCCGACUAACCAAAAUGGUAAAGUCCUUGGUGAUCAACCUUUCUGCGACGAGGCCAUGAUCGAUACGCUACAUCAGUCAUUGUUCGACGGCGAGAACUCGAUCGGAGUUCAAUCACAUGAAGAUUUUGUGUCGGUCUUAGAUGGCAAUGAUGAGCUGGAGCUCCCCAUAGCUAUGGUUGCCUUGAUUGCAACUGUUAUCUAUGCCAUACUGAUGGACUGGAGGAGCGGCAAUCCACCGUCAAGCUCUCAAGUCAAAUCAUUCAAUGCUACUGUCUACAUUAGCAUUUACAAAGCCCAUGAAGCAACCCUCACUCGGAUCUUUGAAGGCGGUAAAAAGAAGUAUCAUGCGCUGAUGGCACGGCUUUACAAGGCUGUCUGUGUGUCGGACAAUGUGUUGCUGCCAUCUGGUGCGCUGAGCAACUUCGACUACCUCGAUCUCAGUGCAAUGUCCGAGGAUUGA